CACAGUCCCUCACAGAAGUCCCACCCUCUUUCUACAGGAAUCGGCACAAGACCGAGUAGGCUACUCGUGUAUUUUAUUGUAAAAAAAAAUACGGGCUCGAUGAAAGUGGCGCACGCUUUCUGUUUAGGAGUAUUUUAAGGUUAUGUAGUAGAUGAAAGACGGAAGCUAUCCCGACACAGUUAAGAGACUGGAUCGCGUCUACAGUUCACAACCUAGUAUAGUGUUCAACCUUUAUUAAUUAAUUUAUUUAUUUAUUUUACCGUCUGGGCCUGUGUUUUUAUGAUUUCAAUUAAACUGUGAAAAUGUACCAGAUAGUUAGGAAACUUGUAUUUACCGAUUCACAAUGUUGGGAUGCCGAGAGCAAGAGGUCGUACGAGGAUCUUUUUGAGAAGCUGGAUACCAACAAAGAUGGAAAAGUGGACGUUGCUGAACUGAGAGCGGGCCUAAAAGCAAUGGGAAUAUCGUUUCGCAAAGGUGCAGCGCAGAAAAUAGUGACAUCAUGGGACAAAAAUAAAGAUGGCAGCCUUGACUUUCAAGAGUUCUCGAGGUAUCUGAAAGAACACGAGAAGAAGCUGCGGCUGACAUUCAAGAGUCUUGACAAAAACAAUGAUGGUCGUAUUGAUUCUUCAGAAAUCCAGCAGUCCCUGGCAGAGCUUGGGGUGGACAUUACCAAGGAGGAUGCUCGGAAGAUCUUGAAAAGCAUCGACGUGGAUGGCACCAUGACAGUGGAUUGGAACGAGUGGCGUGAGCACUUCCUGUUCAACCCGGCCACCAAUAUCCAGGAGAUCAUCCGCUACUGGAAGCACUCCACGGUCCUGGACAUCGGGGACAGCUUGGCCAUCCCUGAUGAGUUUACAGAGGAGGAGAAGACCACUGACUUUUGGUGGAAGCAGCUAAUGGCUGGCGCCAUGGCGGGGGCAGUCUCACGCACAGGCACUGCCCCCUUGGACAGGAUGAAAGUGUUCAUGCAGGUUCACUCUUCUAAAUCCAACAAUAUCAGCUUGGUAGGGGGCUUCAGGCAGAUGAUCAGGGAAGGAGGCUUGAGGUCACUGUGGCGGGGGAACGGAGUCAACGUCCUGAAGAUAGCGCCUGAGACCGCCAUCAAGUUCAUGGCCUAUGAGAAGUAUAAGAAGUACUUGGCGUCAGAAGACGGGACUGUCCAGACCCAUCAGAGGUUUAUAGCAGGGUCUCUGGCUGGGGCCACAGCACAGACUGCCAUCUAUCCCAUGGAGGUAAUGAAGACCAGACUAACUCUUCGGAAGACAGGCCAGUAUUCUGGAAUGUUGGACUGCGGCAAGAAGAUUCUAAAGAAGGAGGGGCUUAAGGCCUUUUAUAAAGGCUAUAUCCCCAAUAUCAUAGGAAUUAUUCCCUAUGCGGGAAUCGACCUGGCAGUUUAUGAGAGCCUGAAGAAUGCCUGGUUAUCACGGUAUGCCAAAGACACCGCCGACCCUGGCAUCUUUGUCCUGCUCGGCUGUGGGACUAUAUCAAGCACCUGCGGGCAACUGGCGAGUUACCCUCUCGCCCUGAUCAGAACCCGCAUGCAGGCACAAGCAACCGUGGAGAGGUUUGAGCAGUUGACCAUGAGCCAGUUGGUCACAAACAUUGUGACCAAAGAAGGGUUUUUUGGACUGUACCGAGGAAUUCUCCCAAAUUUCAUGAAGGUCAUCCCCGCCGUCAGCAUCAGCUAUGUGGUGUAUGAGUACAUGAAAACGGGUCUCGGAAUCUCCAAGUAGGAGCCCCAACCUUUUACAGUCUUGGUUAAAACCUCUCCUCCCCCCCCUCACCUUAACAGCCUCCCGUGCCAGACAAUGCAAGCUGCAUAAGUGGACAUUCUGAAACACAAAGGUCAAAACAUGUGUCUGCUCUAAUGCCUGCAUGUGAGGGCCAAGACGUUCAACAUUCAAUCGAGGUGCUUCACAGUCCUGGGAUGUAAAUAUUUUAAGGUGUUUACCAUGUCCAGAAUUUAUCUCCUGUGUGGAGCUUAGUCAGCUUUGUCACAGCAAUAUAAAAAACUGAGGCAUUCUGAAACCAGUGUCAUUUGCUAAAUUUUGCAUUUUACAUUUGAACCAUAUGCUAAGUAGAAAAUGUGCCUUAUGCUCUGUUUAUAUUUGUUUUGUUUUUUUGCCAAUUAUGUUUUACAGUUAUGCUUUGGAGUUGGAUUUCUUCUUUUUUCCCCAAAAGACUGUCAAUUGACUACUGUUUAUGUGACAGAUUAGGUUGAUUUCGUAUGCUUGUGGUUUGAAUUGUAAUAAGGUGCAUAAGACUGUUCUUAAAGGGUUUCUGCUCCGGUUCCACAAGGAUCAGUAGCAGUAAUCUGGCAUGUCUGAUGACUGCCUCUUUAUUGAGGGCCUGUGUUUGGUCUUUAACUUUAAGCUGUGUUCAGUCUGACCACAUUGGUCUACCAUUUUCAUAAUUUUUUUCUUAUUUUCUACUCAGCAUCUGUUAUUCACAUUGAGAGCGACAACCUUGAGUGAAAACUAAUGCUUGCUUAGAAUUUUUACUGAAUGUUAUGGGCACGGUGCAUUGUGGUGAGGUUAAAGAGCGGCGUAAGCCAUCCUCAAGUUGUGGACGAAAUGUAAAUCUUGAGCUUUCAGGUGGUCUAUCCCACGAGCCACAUGGGGUAGACACACCAAAAGAAGUAGUUGCUCACUGGACACUCUCUAUACGGAAGUUCUAGUCUCUACCCUCUUGUAUUGACAGAUGCCAUUACAAUUGCAAUUGGUUAUUUAAAAUGAGAAAGCAAAGAGUCAUCAGCAGGGAUUUUUAAAAGCAAAUGUUCAGGUCUGUGACGUAACAAGCGAGCUUCCAAAAGUCUUUAGACAAUGCCUCUGUACCUCUACUGUUCAAUAAUAUGAAACGUGUGAUCUGCUGUAUAUUUAAGUUGUGGAUAUUCCCACACAGCUGCUAAAAUGUAACAAUAGUCACAAAAGUCUCAAUACAGUUGAAAGAGAGGAUCCCUUAAAUGCCUGUGUACAUUUCUUACUGAAGUAUUUUAAACCAGAUUCAAUAUUUGAGAAGUGGUUUAAAAAAAUCUGUUGUUGUCAUGUUAAUAUCAGUGGUUGCAUUAACACAGGAUUGUGCGUUUUUUACUAAGAAAAAGAACCAAAAUACAGGAAAAAAUACUGCUUUAUAAACGCAGAGAUUCUGAGGUCUUUUUUUAAGAUUACAAAAGGCAAUGACCCACACUUGAACCACAACAAAAUAAUUACUCCUGUUUCUUUGAGCCAGUCAUCUCCUCUGUGAUAUUUGUGAUUAUGGAUCAUAAUAUUUACACACCCGUUGGUAGCAUUGCGAGACUUGGAGAGAAAGCGCCUAAUUGGCGCCUAAAGCGCUGAAAAUAAGAUGUCACACUCACAAGCUAGCUUCCUCAAUAUGAGUAAAACAGAAAUCACUGAAAUCAACUGAUCAGAAUGCCAAGACCUUAUUUGUACCUUAUUUCAUCUCACUAAUCCCCCUAUUUUAUCCUGUUUCUGUUACAAGUGUCAUAAAAUUAUGAACAACAUACAUUUGUGUUAUUGUGAGUUGGCAUAGUAUGGAAAAAAAGUUAUUUUUUUAUCAGAAUGCAAGUGAAUUGGUGUGUAACGCAGAUUUUUGAACGUCUUGCCUUACAAAGACGCAGCAUUCCAUGGGUAAGUGCAACCACUGGUUCACAUACAUUAUCUUUGUAACUACAGUACAAAUUUGGUUUUCUUUUAUGAAAAGGGAUUUUAGCAACCAGUCUUAAUUGCAGUUCACCCAUGAAGCGCUGGUUGCCUUGUACGUAUGAUGACAGUAGGCGUGAAUUUAAGCUGAGAAAAUGUGACUUCACUCCUGCACCGUGGACAGGGUUGAUGCUGUAUACAAUGCAUACAUUUUACUCAGGGAACAGUGCAGUUUAAGAAUUUCAGACAUACCUGAUAAAUUAUGUUGUCAUACCUACAAAAAUGCAUAAUGGUGACAAGUGGUUGAUUCAAAGGGUGAAAAUGGCCUUGAAAUGAAUUGUGUGAAUUAUGACAAAGUAAGUCCCCUCCACCUUAAAUUUCUUACUGAAUUUGUUUGCCUCCUUGACCACAAGUCAGUGGUGCAAUCAUACAAUAAAAUGUUUCCUUGAUGGUAUUAUUCUUCUACUUGUAAGGAGAAACCAAUGGGGAAAUGGCAGAAUAUAUCUCAAACGGGUUUAAGUCUUUCAUAGAAAGAGUGUGCCUUGUCCCACCCAAACAUCAGUGACUGAGAAAUCUGGCACAUAGUGCUCCAGACAGACUGAUUGACAUCUUGCAUGCCUUGGUUUUGUGCAUGAGCUCUGUAAAUGCUGCAAAACUCUUCACAUGCGAUUCAUUCAGGAGUAACGAGUGGAAAUUUUGUGAUGGUUUCCUUUUGCAUGGAUCAUCUGUCUCUUCAGACCAAUCGAUUGCUUCAGGGCAAAGUAAACAGUGUUUGGCAUAGGAAUGAAAAUGAGUAGUACCAUGCUGAUCGAACAGGUUUGCUGAGAAUACUAUAUGUUCACUAUGUAAAUGUCACCAUCUGGAGGUGCAUGUCAGUAAUAACUGCCUCUUCAUAUUAAAUGAAAAUUUCGAGACCAUUGUCCAACCAAAGUAUGCGUCACAUUCUUAAACACAGCAUAAGAUGUUAUCGUUACUGUAUGUUUCAAUGUAACUAUACAUUUGUAACUUGUUACUACACCUUUGCAACUCAGUCACACAGAAAUAUUUGUUUAUUUCCACUCUGUUUUAUGGUUAGACUGAGGUACAUUUGUGUACCUCCUAUGGACUGAAUUAUAAACCUGUCAUUGUGAUUCUGAGGAUGUUAAUAGCUUUUUUGUUGUAUUCCUUUUUUAUUAAUUGUCACGACAAUAAUAUUUUUAAUUGGACAUAUGCUUUAGUUCAGAUUAUCAUACAAAAUUCAGGAAUCAAAUUCCUUUCAUUAAAAUGUGGAGCCAGAGACUGCACAAUAGGAACAUGAAGUCUAGUCGUCCACUAAGCGUGUGAGAUACAGUGACUCAGCAGCGGUGCAAACUGUGCUUGAUUUGUCCACUAAGUAUCACAAUCUUAUCCAAAUAACACACUAACUUAAAUCGGCACAUGGGGAG